AUGGUUUUCGGAUUCGGUAAAGACGACAACAAGGACGACAGAAGAAGAGGAGACGACGACAACUACGGAUCGUCAAGAACCAAUGAUGACAGCAACUUUGGCUCUUCCAACGAUGACAGCUAUGGUUCUUCUUCCAGCAAGAGAGGUGGUAACUCAUCUUCAUUUGGCAACGACGAUGACGAUUCUUACGGCUCCUCAAACAGAUCAGGUGGUGGCUAUGGUGGUAACGAUGAUGACAACAACUUUGGAUCGUCAUCAUCAAACAAGAGAGGCGGUAACUCAUCCUCAUUCGGCAAUGAUGACUCUUAUGGUUCCUCAAACAGAUCUGGUGGAAACUCUUAUGGAGACAACAAUGACUCUUAUGGUUCCUCAAACAGAUCUGGCGGAAACUCUUAUGGAGACAACGACGACUCCUAUGGAUCAUCAAACAGAUCUGGUGGAAACUCUUAUGGAGACAACGACGACUCUUAUGGAUCAUCAAACAGACGUGAUUUCUAA